AUGAAGAAAGGCCGUUUCGUGGACACGACGACGACGAAACUCGCCGAGUGGACGAAGAAAGUCGGGACGAAAAUUAAAGAAACCGCGGAGGCUUUAGAGGUUGAGUUUAACGACGACGGAGGAGGAGGAGGAGGAGGACAACAUCGUCAGUAUUCUCAUCAGCCUCGCAAAGGCAACGGAAAAGGGCAAUUCACGAACGCCGCGAACGACAACCGAUUCGCGGCGUUACGAGGGGCCUCCUCUCAGUCGAACUCUCAAUCCUCGUUCAUCGAUGAAGGAGACGAGGAACGAGACGAUUUUUUGUCGGAAAAGAAGGCGGUGACUUUAGUCGUGAACGUGUUCGAAACCGCGGAUAUGUUGGAGGAAAAACAAAAGUUGGAAAAAGAGUUCAAAGAGAUGAUGCGAAGAGAACGAGAAGCGUUCGAUGCGAAGAUGCAAGAGAUGGAGAGGAAAUUGGAGGAGGAAAAGACGAAGAGGAAGGAUGGUGUGACGACGCCGACGACGGCGCCGACGAAGAAAGGCACGAGUAAGAAGAAAACGGAUGAUGAUGAUGGUGAUGAUGAUGACGAUAACGCCGCCGCUCCCGCUUCUCCGGUUGUUCUCGCGGCGGCGGCAAUGGUGCAGUCUCCGUCGUCGCUGGAAAUCGAAAUGAAGGCAAUUAAGAACGUCACGCACACGUUAAAGAAUCAGUUGAAGGAAAGAGACGAACGAAUAGCGAAAAUGCUAGAGAAAGAGAAGGAAGCGAAAGAGCUAAACGAGAGUUUAACGCAGAAGAACUCGCAAAUGCAAACGUCCUUGGAGGUUUUGAGAAAGAAGCAGAAAGAAAACGACGCGGCGAAGGAUCGGGACAUGUUAGAGACGAGCGAGUUAAAAGAUUUAAAACGAAUGAAAGAAAAGCAAGAGAAAGAGUUGGAGCGAGAGAAGAAGAUGAAGGAGGUGGUGCAAAAAAAGUACGAAAAAGCGCACGAGGAUUGGUUAGAUGUAACCACAAAUCAAGCGAACGAUAAGAAAGAGUUGUUGCGAUUGCAAAAGAGCGAAGAGGUCAAGGCGGAAAAGAUUGAAACGUUGGAGGAGCAGUUGUUGCAAACUAAGUUAGAGUUAGAGGAUUUCAAACACUGCAGAAAAGAACGCGACAACGCGUUGCAAAAACUGAGCGAAGUGAGAGAGGAGAUUGUAGAUUUGAAGCACGAGAAGAGCGCGUACGAGAACAACGCGGAAGAUUUACGGUUGGUGAAUGAAGCCAGAGAAGUAGCGGAAAAAGCUUUGGUGGAAGAGUCCAAGAAAACGAUCGAUUUGGAGAGAAAGUUGAGAGAAUUGAGCGAGGAAAAGGCGAAUAAUAAUAGUAGUAGUAAUAGAGAUAGCCACAACAACAACAAGAAGAAGAAGAAUACGAGGAAUCACGACGAUCCGGAGAGCGCGAGUGCGACGCCAAAGCAAGACGAUGGCAAGGGUAAGACGACUCCAUUCAGCAGUAUUAGUAGUAGUAUCAAGAGCGAAGAAACGGACCGAGAUAAGAACAAGACGGCGCAGGGUAGCCACGAAUCGUCAUCCACCAUCGCGGAUCUCAAAUCCGAAAUUGCCGCUUUAAAGAACCAACUCGAAACGCUCUCGCGAGAGAAAGACGACAAAAUCGCCGUCAUCGAUUCUGACCGCGCUCAGUUACAGCGACAACUCGAAGAGGCAAAGAAAACCGCCGCAAAACUAAUUAAAGAGAAACUCGAAUCGAUUCAAACCGAUUUCAAACGCUCCGCGGAGACGCACGCGAAAGAAACCGGAUUGCUGAAGGAAGAAAUCGCCGACCUCGAGGAAGAUCGAAACGAGUGGAAGAGAAAGUGCGAGAAAGCGAGAGAUGAAACCGAUGUAGUUCGGAAACGAGCGCGAGAAAUGCUCGUGGAGAAAGAAGAAGAACUCGAGAGGGCACUGUUUAACGACGGCAUAGCUACAACGACAGAUGGAAAAAUAUCAUCGAUUGGUCGAAAAGCGGUGAGCAGCAGUCUCACGUUCCUCGAAGAGGACGACGACCAAGAGCAAACGGAGAAGAAGAAGAAUUCGUCUUCAAAACCACCACCGAGAGAGGUGAACACAACAACACUCUCUUCUUCGAGCAGCGAAAGCGAUUUCCUCUACCUCAAAAACAUCCUCUUGCAAUACCUCACCACCAACGAGCGUCUCGUCCACGAGCGUCUCGUUCCAGUCGUGACCACUUUAUUAAAGUGUUCGGACGAAGAGCGAGCGAAAGUCAUCGCGGCUCGAGUGAACAUGAAACCAUCAUCAUCCUCUUUAGGUGGUGGGAGCCAACCAAACACGCCCACGAGAAGUGCAGGAUCUGGGGUUCGUCUGUUCAACGCUUUCUUUAGAACGUAG